AUGGACUAUGAGACACUGCGUGCCUGCCUGAGAGGCCAAUGGCGCCGCGUGGCCGAGAUCCCUCGUGCAAAACGAUCGCAGACGCCCAAGACUGACUCUAUCGGGCUGGGAAGAGCAGCAUUUACCUGGGUCUGGCAAGAUGAGAAGCUGUGGGUUCCGAUUCUCUGCAAGGACGAGUACCUUGCUCAGUGUCUUUGCUACUUCGGGGUACUAGACGGGAUCCAACAUCUUCUAGUCGACUGGCUGGUCGUACACGCAGAAUCGGCAGACUCGGAAUGCAUGAAGUUGACCUCUCGACCACACGCAUGGCGUGGCUUUCUGCUACGUGCCAUCAUUUCGGCACUUUUCUCGCACGACUCAGCGAACAGCGCAGACGCUGCACUGCGAUGCUUCUUCACCAUUGAAGAACAACGAAAGGCAUCUCUUAGCUCUGCUGGUAAACAUGAAAUACCCCCAGUGACAUUCAGGCUCACGGCGGCCACAGUCAAGAUUAUAUGCGAGCUCGUCAGGGGGCACUGUCCGAACACGGAUCCAGCUCUGUACGAUAGAUUUGCUACCUUCUACCAAGACUACAAUGGGGAUCGUGCCGAAGUCCGACCUCUGCGACUAGCCGCAUUAUCUCUAUAUCAUCCCACGAGACCCAGCGCCACUGCGACCGUGGAUUUCAUGCGGAGUCAGCUCUCACAUGCCGAUGACGCUGGACUGCUACACUUCAGACAACACCAUCUUUCUGUAUUAGCCGACAGGGAGCUUCCACGAUUCUUUACUCGUUUGAAGAAUCUGAGUGACGAGGGAGACUCCAAAUGGGUAUGGGAGCAAUAUCAAAGACUCUGGUCCCUAAAGCAGUCGUCAUUAAAGGAUGAAAGCACUCCACAGUUCGCCAAUGCGGCUAUAUCCUUCAAACCUCUAAGUAUAAGGAAAAUCCGGUGUUGA